GCGAUAAAUUCGAGCGUGCUCGUUCGCUAUUAGCUUGUGUCCCGCUGACAAUCGCAGGUGACGCUUCAAAGACGGAAAGACGACAAAUAUUGUACCAAAGAGUGUGUCAUUCUCUUUGCACUUCGCUUGUUAUCUUCCUGAGUAUAUUCACUCGUUAAUCACGAAAACAAAAGUAAUGGCAUCCAUGAAGGUCAUCCUCGUCGCUGCAAUUGUGUGUUUGGCGAUGCCAAGCGAAGCUAUCGACUGCAGCAAUAACAGAUGCACGCGCGAAGGCCGAACACAAACUUUGUGCUUGUAUCCGAACCCGAAUCCAGCACCAGCGUGUGGCAAGGUCCAGAGCACAGGCUUCACUAACAGCGAAAAGGAUGAAAUCGUUAACAAGCAUAACGAGCUUAGGCAGUUCGUGGCCAGGGGUGCAGAACACAGAGGCAACCCAGGACCACAACCUGCAGCGUCGAACAUGAAGAUUAUGUCUUGGGACGACGAAUUGGCCACGGUAGCCCAGAGGUGGGCUAAUCAAUGCAACUUCGGACACGACUCGUGCAGGAGUGUCGAACGUUUCGUAGUCGGACAGAACGUGGCGUCUACCUCGACUACUGGACAACAAAACUCCAAACCGUCGGACUUGAUAAUGAUGUGGUACAACGAAGUGGAAAAGAUGGAUAAUCGCCUGGUGGACAAAUUGACGAACAUUAACGACGUGGGUCACUACACUCAAUUAGUCUGGGCCGACUCGUAUAAGAUCGGUUGCGGUAAGAUCAUCUACCAGGAUGGUCAAUGGAAUACGUACUACCUGGUGUGCAACUACGGUCCAGCUGGCAAUUAUAUCAAUUCUCCGAUCUACCAAAGAAGAAACUGAUGAAUUUACCAAAAACAAAAUAAUUCCACAAGUGUACUUCCACCUUUUACUCCUUUUAUUGUUAAUGAAGUCACCUGUAAUCCAAACCAAUAAGCUCUAGUGAAUUAAACAGCAGAGAAAGUU